AGGAGACAGCAUGCCGGGCGGGCUGGCGCUCCGGGCAUGGGGACCCCGCGGGCACUGUGGCCACUCGUCUGGGCCGUGCUGCAGCUGGGCUGGCAGCCAGGAUGGCUCCUAGAUGCCCCCAGCAGGCCCUGGAGCCCCCUCACCUUCUCCCCGGCCCGGCUCACUGUGCCCGAGGGGGCGAACGCCACCUUCACCUGCAGCUUCUCCAGCAAGCCCGAGCACUUCGUCCUCAACUGGUACCGCAUGAGCCCCAGCAACCAGACGGACAAGCUGGCCGCCUUCCCCGAGGACCGCAGCCAGCCUGGCCGGGACCGGCGUUUCCACGUCACGCCGCUGCCCGGCGGGCGACGCUUCCACAUGAGCAUCAUGGCCGCCCAGCGCAAUGACAGCGGCGUCUACUUCUGUGGGGCCAUCUACCUGCCCCCCAAGACGCAGAUCAACGAGAGCCGGCCUGCAGAGCUCACGGUGACAGAGGGAGUCCUGGAGCUGCCCACAGAGCGCCCCAGCCCCCCACCCAGGCCCGAAGGCCAGUUGCAGGGCCUGGUCACCGGCAUCACAAGCGCCCUGCUGGGGGUUCUGCUGCUGCUGCUGCUGACCUGGGUCCUGGCGGCCGUCUUCCUCUGGGUCACUCGAGAGGGCUGCGCGCGCAGGAGCGAAGACCAGCCUCCGAAGGAGGGCUCCCCCGCCGGGCCUGCGUGCACCGUGGACUACGGGGAGCUGGACUUCCAGUGGCGAGAGGAGACCCCGGAUCCCCCGGCCCCCUGUGUCCCUGAGCAGACCGAGUACGCCACCAUCGUCUUCCCGGGCAGGCCGGGCUCCCCAGGCCGCAGGGCUUCCGCAGACAGCCCGCAGGGGCCCCGGCCUCUGAGGACUGAGGACGGACACUGCUCCUGGCCCCUCUGACCGCCUUCCUCGGCUGGCCCGAGUCCUUCAGACCCUCCGCCAAGAGCCGGGGUGGACAGUUUCCCUGGAAGAGCACAGAGUGGUAGGGCCGCCCAGGAGGUGACCGCCUGUCCAAGGGUGACCGCGCCCACCCCUGCCAGCACCUGCCAGCCCUGCCCGGCUCUAUGGGCAGGGGAAGGAGCCUCACCCCGGACUCCAGACCCAGUCUCAGGCUGAGCUGGCCAGAGCCUCCCUCCUACACACGCCAGCUGCCUCCCAGGAGGGCCCGGUGCCUGGAUGUAGGGGCCCGCGGGUCCUGGUUGGAGACUCCGUCUUGGAGCAGGCCUGGUAGGUCCAGCACGGAUCCCCCGAGGGGCACACGGGGAAAUGCACAAGGUCAGGGCUCCCCUGGGGCCUCGUGCUCCCCCAGGCCUGGAAGAGAGCUCCUGGCGGUCGUGGGGCCCCUCCACCCUCACAUGUGCCCAGGCCCGUCAUGCAGCCCAGGAAACAGGCAAUGAAGGGAGCUGGCGGAGCUGGAGUCACCCCGCCGAGGCCAUCCUGGGGGCCCUGGUGUCCACCGUGUAUCCCCACUUCUCCUUGGCGCCCAUUCACGGUGCUACUUAAAGGGGCCUCCGCCGGGCUCCCUCCAGGGCAGUGGGGCAGGUGCGGGGCCCCCUCAGCAGGGACCCCUCCGACGGAGCCGCCACUCCCCGUGGCCUGCACACACAC